AUGGUGUUAAUACAACAAAAUGGAAUUGAUAGAGCAGACACUGAAUCAGACCGUAUGGACAUGUUCCAUAAUAAUUUUCGUGGGAUGUGGAACGAGCUUUACAGCGCUUGCGCCGAGAACAAGCGCCGCAGAGGCCAAUCGAUACGCGCAUUCCUCAGCCUCGCCAAGUCGUUCUGCUAUCAACUCACUAUGCAUCACACAAUCGAAGAGCGGCACCUUUUCCCCGAACUAGCCGUGAGAAUGCCAGAGUUUCGCAAGGAGCUUAGCUUACUCAGCCAGCAUCACGAGAUUCAUCAGGGACUGGAGAAAUUGAAAGCAUACGUGACCAAGUGUCGUACUGGCGAGACAGAGCUACAGCUGACACAUAUGAAAGCCUUGAUGGAUAACUUUGGUGGUGUUUUGUGGGCACAUUUGAAUGACGAGGUCAUGGCCCUGGGUGCGGAGAAUAUGAGGAAGUAUUGGAAUUUACAUGAAAUGGCCCUCUUGUAUCGAUGA